AUGGUUGCUAACGGUCCCAACAUGAGCACUCUCUGUUCCAACUGCACCGUGUCCUUUUACCCAGAGGUCGACGUCGGCAAAACUGUCAUCAUGGGGAUCGUCAUGGUGGUAUUUUUCAUUUUCGGCGUCCUCGGAAACAUGCUCGUCAUCUUGUCCGUUUUGUUCCACCACCACUGGCGCUCGGUGACGCACUACUUCAUCGUCAACCUCGCGGCCGCCGACCUCCUCCUCAGCUCGGCGGUCAUGCCCUUCUCCGCCGCGUCCGAAGCUCUGGGUCGCUGGGUUUUCGGACGAACGUUUUGCAGCGUGUGGGCGGCGUUGGACGUUCUGUGCUGCACCGCGUCGAUACUCAGCCUGUGCGUCAUCUCCAUCGACCGCUACCUUGCCGUUAGCUACCCGCUGCGUUACCCCACCGUUGCGACCGGGAGACGAUGCCUGGCCGCGGUGGCUUGCCUGUGGGGACUCUCGGCGGCUAUCUCCGUUGGGCCGCUUUUCGGAUGGAAGCAGCCGCAACCGGAAGACGAAACGGUGUGUCAGAUCACGGAAGAGCCCGGAUACGCCCUGUUCUCUGCUCUUGGUUCAUUCUACAUACCCCUGGCGAUCAUCCUGGUCAUGUACUGCAGAGUGUACACCGUAGCGACCAGGGAGACCAAGAGUUUGAGGAAGGGGAGCAAAGGGGAGAACGCGGAGGGAGUGACGUUGAGGAUACAUCGAGGGAACGCCGGACAUUCGGACAAGCAGGACAGCGUAAAGCAUAAGCGCGCCUCCUUCGCUGUACUGAAGAGGAUCAAGUUUUCCAGUGAGGAGAAAGCUGCGAAGACUCUGGGCAUCGUCGUGGGGUGCUUCGUUCUCUGCUGGCUGCCGUUCUUCCUGGUGUUGCCCAUAGGCUCCAUCUUCCCCUCCUGCAAGCCCUCUGAGACCGUCUUCAAGAUCACCUUCUGGCUGGGCUACUUCAACAGCUGCAUCAACCCCAUCAUCUACCCCUGCUUCAGCAAGGAGUUCAACCGCGCCUUCCAGCACGUCCUGAGGGGGCGCUGUCUCCGCACGGGCCCUCAGACCUCCGUACCCCCCGUCACCGCCGCCGCCGCCCCUGCCCCUGCCCAGGCCCUGCCCCUCCCUGCGGCCGGUCCGGUGCUGGAGAGCCCGGCCCCCUCUGCGUCCCUCUGCUUCUGCUGCUGCUGUGGAGGUGGUGGUGGUGGUGGUGGUGCAGGGCACACUCAGUCACGGAGUAAGGUUCUUCUGAAGACCUGGUGCUUCUCCAGGAGACAGACGACGAGGGAGAGCACAGGAUCAGCUAAAGUUCUGAGGCUUUCCAUCGGGGCCACUGGGGAGGCUGUGUAA